AUGUCUUCGAAGUGUUCCAGAAGGACCUUCCCAAGCACAUCCAUCUCUCUUUCCUCCAGCCUGCUUGGCGGGGGACUCCUCCUCUGCCUCGAUUUCAACCUUCUGCUUCAAGGAAGGGCAAACAGUUUCACCAUCAACUGCUCAGGCUUUGACCAGCAUGGGGUGGACCUUGCUGCUUUCCAGGCUAUAUUUAACCAGAAGGUCUUCCGUCCAGUCAUCAACCACAGCAUCCCCACUCAGGUCAACAUCUCCUUUACUCUGUCGGCCAUCCUGGAAGUGGAUGCCCAACUUCAGCUCCUGACAUCAUUUCUGUGGUUAAACUUGACCUGGAAUAACCCAUUUAUCAGCUAGGACCCAGAAGAAUGUGGUCAUAUCAACAAACUCACUGUGACUACUGAGAACCUGUGGCUCCCAGACAUCUUCAUCAAGGAAUUCAUGAAUGUGGAUCAGACCCCAGAAGGCCUCUCUGCAUAUGUGACUAAUAGUGGUCACAUUGCGUAUAACAAAACAAUGCGGGUAACCAGCAUCUGUAGCCUGGACAUCUUCUACUUCCCCUUUGACCAGCAGAACUGCACACUCACCUUUGGCUCUUUUCUCUACACAGUGGAAAACAUGGUGUUGGGCAUGGACAAGGAAGUGUGGGAGAUAGCAGACACCUCACUCAACAUCGUUCGCACACAAGGGGAGUGGGAGUCCCUUGGCAUCAACAAGGCCACCCUGAAGAUGUCUGUGGGCUCCAGUCUUUUUGACCAGAUAAUGUUCUAUGUGGCCAUCAGGCGCAGGCCCAGACUCUACAUCAUAAACCUUCUGGUGCCCAGUAGCUUUCUGGUUGCCAUUGAUGCCCUCAGCUUCUACCUGCCAGCAGAAAGCAAGAAUCGUGCCCCAUUUAAGAUUACUCUUCUGCUGGGCUACAAUGUCUUCCUGAUCAUGACGAAUAAACUACUCCCUGCCAGGGGCACCCCUCUCAUCAGUAUCUACUUUGCUCUGUGCCUGUCACUGAUGGUGCUCAGCCUGCUGGAGACCAUCUUCCUCACCUACCUGCUGCACCUGGCCACCACUCAGCCCCCACCCAUGCCUCAGUGGCUCUACUCUCUGCUCCUCUACUGCACCAGCCCAAGGAAAUGUUGCCCCACUAUACUCUGGAAGGAGAAUGUGGGCCCAGCCCUCACUCCCACUCACCUGCCUGGCCUGAAAGAGCUGAGCGAGUCAGUAGAGAAGGAGCUGGGACCCAGAGAGGCAGAGCUAAAUAGGGGCUCAAGAUUGACAAGGGCCCAGCUAACUGACCUGUGGGUGCAGUUCAGCCACAUGAUGGACACCUUCCUCUUCCGCCUCUACCUGCUUUUCUUGGCCUCCUCCAUCAUCACAGUCAUUGUCCUCUGGAACACCUAG